AUGGACACUGAGCUCAACACGGAAACGGCUGGCGCUGGACCCUCGAGAACAUUUAUUCGAGAAGGCCAUUCUGUCCUUUUCCUUCUACCUAGUGGUGAAUACAAAAGCGUAAAGCUCGGAAAGAAUUCGACAACUUCUUUCGGAAAGUAUGGGUCCUUCAACUCGAGUGCACUCAUGGGACAACCCUAUGGCUUGUCAUAUGAAAUAAUCGACAAGAAGUUAAAAAUCCUUCCUCCGAAAUCCAUGAAUGAACUUGAGGAUACGGACGCCACGAAUGAGUACAUUAACGAUGGGAACGUCGUCCAGCCUUUGACCUCUUUGGAGAUUGAAGCCUUGAAAAAAUCGGGCGUGCAUGCAUCAGAAAUAAUCAAGCGGCAAAUUGAACAACAUGCAAGCUAUACUCUCAAGACAGAAUUUAGCAAGGAAAAGUACAAGAAGCGGAAGGAGGCAAAGUUUGCCAAGACCUUCACAACGAUUGAACCGACAUUGCACAAUGUCUGUGACUAUUGGUUCAAUAAAGAUAGGAGCCGCAUUAGGGAGAUCCGACCUGAUACGCUCGCACAAAUGCUGAACUACGCAGGCGUUAGACCUAGUGGCAGGUAUCUGGUUGUAGAUGAGGCGUCUGGUUUGUUGGUGUCUGCAGUGCUAGAGCGAUUAGGAGGCGAAGGAAAGAUUCUCACAAUUUGUGAUACUGAAUCACCGCCAGCAUACCCAAUUAUGACACACAUGAACUUCGAUGAAGAUAUGGUUAACUCGACGCUUUCGUCGCUCAAUUGGGCAACAGCCGAUGAAGAGUAUAAACCCAGUAGGUGCGAUGAUAUAGCACCCUCAGAAAUCGAGUCUCAUGCGUCCACAGUCGUUCCGCCAUCAGAACCAGAAACGGGAGUCUACAGAUCAGAACGACAAAAAAGUCGUCUGAACAAGAGGAAGAAAGUUGUCGGAAAUCUUUACAACACCAGGAAUGAACUAUUCUCAGGUGAAUUCGAUGGGCUUCUCAUUGCAAGUGAAUAUGAACCUUUCUCUAUCGUGGAAAAGCUAUGUCCCUACCUAGCUGGUUCCGCAUCUAUUGUGGUUCACAGCCCACAUAUCCAGGUAUUGUCCGAAGUGCAGGCACAAAUGAAGCCACUUCCCGAGUAUCUCAGCCCAUCGAUAACAGAAGGCUGGCUUCGUCAAUACCAGGUUCUCCCAGGUCGUACUCACCCUGUAAUGACGGCCACAGGGUCUGGUGGUUAUAUCCUGCAUACUAUUCGAAUACACGAUGACCCUGAUGCCAACGCUGUCCCGAUAAUAAGGACCAAGAACAAAAAACGAAAGGCAGGUUCAAGUACCCCCACACCCAUGCCAGAGGACGUGUCACAAAAAUCUGGUAUGGAUUCUGGAGAUCUAUGAUGUUGCUCAAGUUUCUUUUGUAUAUAAUAAGACGAACGUCUAGUAGAAAUUACAGUAGAAU